CUACCUUGUCCUUACAAGGGCCUGAACUGCGUCUUAUUCAAUUCAACAACUUGACAUAAGGGCAAUCGAUCUCCGGUUUUUACAACUGCACCAAAAGCCGCUCAAAUAAACAAGUAAAAGGGAUAACCUCCCUUGCUACGAUCGUCUGCUUUUUGCUUCCUACCUCUGCCGCUGGACUUCGAAACUGGGUGCAAAACCUGUACUCCAGAGCACAUUUUGUGCAUUCGUCUUUGGAUGCCUAUGGCACGUGCAAGCUAUGUUGGGCAGGAUGAGCUGCCAAGGCAUCCUUUACAAUGCGAAAAUCCUCAUGCCGCAUCAGACUGUUCGCCUUCUCCCAUUAGUUCGUCAGCUCAGUCUCCGGUCAAUGUUGGGGGCGUCCGACCCAGCUCCGCGUCGUUAUCAGACAGCAACGAGGCAGAUUCUUGUAAAGCCCCAUCUUCUGGUCCAGAGAGGUCAAAGUCCAUCAGUGGCGUAGGUGCCAAGUGGGAAAGAGAGAAGCGGAAGCGUUCACGGGUCACUCCUGAACAACUUAUCCAUUUGGAGCGCUUCUUUUCGAUGGACAGAAGUCCCACCGCAGCGAGGAGGAAAGAAAUCAGUGAUUUGUUGGGCAUGCAGGAACGACAGACACAAAUAUGGUUCCAAAACAGACGCGCAAAGGCCAAAUUGCAAGAUGGCAAGAAGGGUCGAGGGGACGGCGCUGAAACCCCACCAGAUACUCCCCCAGAAUUGGCAACCGGAUAUGAAGCAGAGUUACAUAGCCUCAUACAUGAAGACGAACCGGUGACCAUUAUUCCGUGCAGUGAUUUGUCUAUAGGGACGUGGCGUCGUAUUGCAACUGCUAUAGGGAAGCACGAUCUUGUCGCUUACCUGUGUGACGGCAAGCGGUGCUUGACGUGGUUCAUCCACUCGGCGGGCUAUGGCUUCAAGAUGGAAAUUCCUUUCGACAUUAUUGUUCAUACGGAAUUUACAAACGCGGCGCCAGGGUCAGGACUGGCUUCAUUUAUCCUUUCACAACCGCCAACUUUUUACCUUGAGUCCUUCUCGAGUCCUGGUCCUACUCGGCAGUGGAAAAAAUGUGCGGAUUGGACGGAAGGACAACAAGCCACUAAGAUCCUGCGUCAUGACUUGAUAGGUUCAGCUGUACAGCUUGCCCACCUUCUGCGUCAUCUGAAUGCCUAUGCUUCUGGGUCGGAUAUUCGUCUUCAUUCACCAUCCUAUUAUUCUCAGGAGCCACCGCCACCUCUAAUGGAGGUCCCCCAACCUCCCAUGGCAAUUUUAACAGGGCCCGCAUACCCCUACGGUGGAGAUGUCAACGAGUCUAGAAGGACAGAAGGUCCUGUCCACAUAAGGAGAAGAUCUUUUUCAGGUGGUACCAUGCAUUUGAGUCAUCUGCAUCGCCCUAGUCAUCAACCUCUCGCUGUGGAUUUGCCUGUCAAUCCGACCCCAGGUCCACACUCAGCCCCAUACGCUUCAUCAUCCUUCUCACCGUAUUCCAGCCGUAGUCAUCCGUCCAUCCACUUAUCGUCUCAUUCACCGAUGUUCUCAGAAUACCCGAACUCCGUGUCAUCGCAUAGUGCAUCGCAACAAUCUCAAUCCCCAGUCGAUUACGGUCCAACGGAUACCCAUAGUGUUCCCCCGCGUUCCUAUUCAUCCGCACAAGUGCAUCAUAUGUAUGAUGGCACACACACUAUGUCGAUGACUUCUCCAUAUUCUAGCAAUGGACCAACCCCUAGUUCUUCCCAAACGCCAUUCGUUUCUCCUUCACCGCCGUUGUUGACAACUCCAUUUUAUCCUCCUGCAAAUGACUACAGCACACGGGGCUGAGCCUCAUUAACUCGCAAUACCUGGUUUACUAUAUGAACCCCUUGAUCAAAAACUGUAACACCCUGGACCUUUGCGCUACUUUGCAUGGGUUGCCCAAUAAUCUUCGCCUUUAUUUGCGGUACAAACUUUAUUCACGUUCGCUUCGCAAGUUCAUUUCUAACAUUUUAAUACCCUACACCGCUUCACUUCCACGUCUUUGGUAGUGGGUCCGUCAUUCCACGCUCCAUGGGAAGUUUAUCUUCCCUCACUGAACGCUGGUAUAUGUCAUUUUAAUACCUUACU